AUAUAUUACAAAAAAGACACAAAUUAAUAAUAAACAUAUUCGAUAUAGUCGUAAAUAAGAUACCUUUGUGCAUUUGAAUCAAUUGAAGCAGAACAAUUAGGUGCAACUGCAAUUGUCGGUCAAAACGUGGAGAGACUCUUUGUUCGCAUUCAGCAUAUAGAAUUUAGCAACAUUAAUUUUUAUAUACAUAUAUGCAUAUAUGUAUGUAUGUAUAUGCCACGAAGACAUCAAAGUUGCAGCUGCUUUCGACAUAAUUCUUGGUUUGCAUUUGUCUCAUCUGUACAUCUGUAUACUGAUUAAGUGCGUGUGUGUGUGCGAGUGUGCGUACAAAUAGACCAUGGAAGCCUUACAUCCUACUACGAAAUUAAUGCAAGGUUUACAAUUCGCCGCCAGCAAACAUCGCACACAACGACGCAAGGAUAAUGAAACGCCCUAUAUAAAUCAUCCCAUAAAUGUGGCUACAAUACUUGCCGUGGAGGGUGGAAUAACCGAUGAGAGUGUACUUAUUGCUGCCCUUCUACACGACACUGUCGAGGACACCGACACAACAUUUGAGGAAAUAAAACAACAUUUCGGUGUGGAGAUUUGUGAAAUUGUGCGUGAGGUCACCGAUGAUAAGUCCUUAGAGAAGCAAGAACGUAAACGUUUACAAAUCGAACAUGCUGCUAUGUCAAGUUUUAAAGCGAAAUUGGUGAAAUUGGCAGACAAGUUGGAUAACCUGCGUGACUUGAGGAGAAAGCCGCCAAUCGGUUGGUCGCUAGAACGUCAAGAACAGUACUAUGUUUGGGCUAAAAAAGUUGUGGACAAUAUGCGUGGUACGAAUCCAGUGUUGGAGCGGGAGUUGGAUGUUAUUUUUAAAGAGAAAAAAUUGCUUUAAUACAUAUAUACAUACUUAUAUAUAUGUACAUUCAUAUGUA